GGCCGGCUAUCAGCCGCCUAACAUCGAGGUCGGGGUUACGCUUGUAUACGUAACACGGCUGCCGCAGGCACCCAUACACACACUUGCGACACCCGUGCACGGAUUCUCGCGGAUUCUCUUGUCGUGGGCUAGGCGAGCAGAGGGAUCUGCGAACUGUUCACGCGGGGAAUCCUUUUUGGUCGUCGACGGGUGGGCAGCCUUUCUCCAUGCAGUAUGCGUCAUAAUCGAUAAGGACAGGAGCGGGGCGCGUGUAUAGGAUCGUCUUAAAGGAAACGUCGCGCCCUUCGAGUAUGUCGAAAUGAAUGAAAGUCGCGAGAGAAAGAAGAGCGAGAGAGAGAAAACGAAAGAGAGUGUACGUUUGGACGAGGUGAGUGCGAGCGUGUGAGGGAGAGAAAGGGAGACAGGAGCAAACGUAAGAGGAAUCAUAGGUGUCGAGGUUAAGAGAUAACCGUGACUAAAGGGUAACGGGGUGGGGGGAAAAGGAAAGACAAGAAAUUCGCGCGCGCGUGUGUCUCUAAACAGAAAAAAAAAAAAAAAAAAAAAAAAAAGAAAUAAAGAAACAAUUGAAGCAGCUUGACACAUUCGACACCGUGGACAUCGUGCUGUUCGAUUCUUCGUAACGAGUCUCUUUUCGUUUGACAGUCGCAGAAAAGGAUCAACGGUGCGCCACACGUCGAAACGAACAACCGGUCCUCGGAAGAGUGGAAUGCGGACAACGUAGAGUGAACCGUAGACAGGACAAUUUAGAUAGACAAGCAGGCAAAAAGGGGGAGAGAAACAGAAAGAGAGAAAAGAAGCUGGUGAUAUCAUCACGGGUAAAGAAAUUGCGGAACGUAAACGGGUCACGCGAGCAGACCGUGUCAUCGGUGUCUCGUGCUUCGAGGGGGAAGUAUCGAGAUAUAUUGGCGGUGAGUGCGGUAUCGAGAGUAAUUAAGCAGUCGCGGGAUUACUCGGUAAUAAUGGCUGGUCGCGAUUGAGCGAGAGAGACAGAGGAAGCGUGUGCGCCGCGGCCACUAGUGUACACUGGCUACAUCUAUCCGAAUAACGCAGCAGGACGACGAAGAUAGAAAGGCCAAAGGAGAAAAACUAGAGAAGGCAAGUGAGAAUAGGUACUGAUAGGCUUGGAUAAAAGGAGAGGAAGAGGGGGGUUGAUUGCCGGAAAAGCGGCGGGAUCGCAAUCGAAGAAAAUCAGAUGUCGUUAGGGGCUGUUGCCAGAACCCGGAACGGAUAUAUCGUUAGAAACGGUGUGGCGAUCGAAUAAACGAGGCGAGCAUCAAGAACGAAGCGACAGCUUGUCGCGGUGGUCGUUGUCGUCAGUCGAACGUCGAUUCCCUUGCCGCUUCCUACUUGGAGCAGAAGAGUCGAUGGGAUUGCGAGGAACACAGCUGGAUCGAGUCGAAGCGUGCCAGCGAGGAACGGAGGAGUACGACUCGAAGCGGGCAGAUGAUUUUCGAUCGAUUGACGGUCGCACGGCAUCGAGACUAUCGCGCCACCGAGUCUUGUUACGUGUGUAGGUUGCCAUGCCGUCGAACUGCCGCCGGAGAUGCGCACCGACGUUCAGUGAUGAUGACACUUAGCUGAGAUGUGUCAUUUUUGACAGGAUCGACAGGGGAGAACAACGGUCGCCACGACAUCUGCUUCUUCCAAACGAUGCUUGGAUACAUCGUCGACGGAGGGAAACGAAACGCACGGUGAUCAGUAAUAACGAGAAGAAGGAAGAAAUAAAGAAAAUUGAGAGUAUAAUAGGGGGCAGACGAAGAAAGAAAUAGAGAACGUGAGGUGGAUCGAAGAAGAAAAGGAAAGCGAGUAUAGCAGAUCGGUGGAGAGAACGAGAGGAUGGCACCUCGAUGCUCGUGCGUGGCCAAGCCGAAUGUGAAGAAUCGCUUUGUAGCGAAGAAACGAGGGGUGCAGCAAGAACGAAACAAGGCGAGAAAGUACGCGACUGCGAUAACUCGUUUUUCGCAACUCGUAGCUGUGUCUCGAUUCUGAGAGGCGCCCCGUCGACGUCGUUUUUAUGUGGCCUCCUCGUCAGAGUGACGACGAGCGAGAGGAUUCGGCACAUUGCCCGUCGGCUGCACGUGCGCAUUGAUGGUCGAUAGUGAAACUCCUUUCGGAGGCAGAUAGACGCGGAAUAAUCCUGUGCUUUCUCUCGUGUCGAGUUUUCGUGUCGAACAGGUGAGAGACGGCCCGCACACACACGGCUGGCGAACGAAUCACGCGCAUUCCGUCCUAGAACGAAUAUUAAUAAAUAUAGGAAAGAAAAAGGAAGAAAAAAAGAGAAAGCAAAAUAAAAGAACUGAAGAGAACGGCGUGUAUGUGGAGCCUUUCGAGAAUCGUUCAACGGCUAACCAUCGUAUCUCAAGGAGAAUAAUCGGUAACUAGUCGUACCAAUCGUGUGCAGCGUGUUGAGAAUGAUAAAGAAAGAAUAAGAGAAAGAUAGAAGUAUACGAGACGGUGUGGUUUCGUUUCUGAGAGAGCAACGGCAACAGCAGCUGCACAUGCUACGGUGAUCCGUAUCAAUUCGCGACUGUGAUUUCUAAACUUAAGGUUAUAAACAAAUAUUAAAGAGAAAAAGACGAAGAAGAAAAAAGAGAGACGAGGGAAUAAGAAGCGGAGGAAGUAUAUAAAUUAUUAAACACAAGCAAGAUAGAAAAAUAUAAAAAAUCGUCCAUUGUGAUACUAAGAUAUACAUAUUAAACGAGAAUUAGGUGAACACGUGCGCUCAAGGAGAUGGGUGUGAAUGAAAGGGGGCGCGACACAGUGUGCCAGGCUGAAAUGCGAGUGUAAUUAAUGGAAACGAUGGUCGAUCGCGGGGCAUGCGUCGGAUCUACAAACUGUGAUACACCGAUAACCACACCGAGGAAAGCCUGAUGUUCGAUCACUGACGUCGAAUCGCGUGUACCGACCUAUCCAGAAACAAAGUGGAAUGAAUCGCCGGUUCCCAGUCGCGUUCUCAGCCACCUCGUGAUUCUUUCGCAGUCAGUUCAACCGCGUAACAUUGCAACAUUACAAGAAGCAGAGGGCUCAAGAUCAAAAGCAACACACGAGCGACCAGAAGCUUCCUAUUAGCAUACUGAACGGCGUUGAUGCAAGGCAAAGUGACGUUGAUCCUACGAGAGGCCUAGGUGAGAGGCAGUGAUCAGGCCGGUAAGGAGCCGCGUAGUGCAGGUGAAGCUAGGCGCGAAGAGAGGAGAGAAAGCUUUAGAGCAGCGUCGCCGGAGCAGUCACCAGGCAUCGUGUACCACCCCCUGGCUACGGGGGGUGGGACAGAAAGACCGUCAGCGUGGGUGCCGGUGCUGCAGGGGCGCGCCUGGCCCGUCGGCUCGCCCGCAGAUUAGCACGCCGACUAGCGGCUAGCUCGGGCCCGUUUCGGCGUACCGGCCUGGCGACCUCGGGGGGCCUCACGUCGGCGGCGGUGGCCGUGGCGGCCACGGGGGAGCAGUCCGCUCCCCCAGCAGCUGCGCCACGCCAUACCACGCCGAACGGAAGCGCCAACGGAUCGACCUCGAGCUCCAAUCGCAAGAACAGAGCCAUGUCCGUGAGAAGCCUGCACCGGCGCGUCUCUCACCCUUGCCAUGGAAUUGAGAACCGACAUGCCGCGAAACACGAAAAGCGUCCGUCACAGAAGCUCGAAACCUCCUGGCCAUUUUCCUUGGAGGGCGAGAGUGGCGGCGGUGGCGGCCGUUCUGUGACCAGCGCUGGUGGGGGUGGAGGAGGAGGUGGAGGUCGACGGGCACCGAGUCUACGGCUGCCGAACGGAAGAGCGACUACGGGGGUUAGUUUGCACACCAGCAGCACAGAAUCCGUUCGUUCACCCCAUCACCACCUCGGCCAGCAGCAGGGCGGUAACAAUAACAAUAACAACAACAACCAUAAUAAUAAUAACAACAACAACAAUAAUAACUGCCACGCCGGUAAUAACCCCGCCGCGAACAAUCAUCCACGGCUUAACAAAGAUGACAGCAUCAAGAUCAGCAUCGAGAACACGAACACUUGCACGGACAGCCUCGUCACUGCUCUAGACGACGAGACAUUGCUCAUCACCGAUUUCGUAGCCGACCAAGGCAACGAGAUGAAUUACAAGGGCAGUGGGAAGGUCCACUUCGGAGUGGACGAUGUGUCCCUCUACGGGACGCCGAAGGAGGAGCCGGGCCCGGGUCUUCCGGGCCAGGAAGUCAAGCAGAGCUUCUUGAAGAAUCAGCUUCAGGCCCUGUUCCAGCCUACCGACAACAAGCUGGCUAUGAAGCUGUUCGGAAGCAAGAAAGCUUUGAUGAAGGAACGGAUCAGGCAAAAGGCUGCAGGUCACUGGGUCAUCCAUCCUUGCUCCAGUUUUCGAUUCUACUGGGAUCUCUGCAUGCUCCUCCUGCUGGUAGCUAAUCUGAUAAUUCUGCCAGUCGCCAUUAGUUUUUUCAAUGACGACCUAAGCACUAGGUGGAUAGCCUUCAACUGCCUUUCCGACACGAUAUUCCUCAUAGACAUUGUCGUCAACUUCAGGACAGGCAUAAUGCAACAGGAUAACGCCGAACAAGUGAUCCUGGACCCGAAGUUAAUCGCGAAACACUACCUCAGGACUUGGUUCUUUCUCGACCUCAUUUCCUCCAUACCACUAGACUACAUUUUCCUCAUAUUUAAUCAAUUUCAGGACUUUAGCGAGUCCUUCCAGAUCCUGCAUGCUGGCCGUGCUCUCAGGAUCCUCAGGCUUGCGAAACUGUUGUCGCUGGUUAGGUUACUACGAUUGUCAAGACUGGUGCGGUAUGUCUCGCAAUGGGAAGAGGUCUAUAUCCCCCUUUAUCAACAGCCGGAGAGGCACUACGAGCGUCGGGCGACACCGCCCCAACCAGACCGAACCAGCAAGAUAUUGCAGAACCUACAAAAAAAACGCACUGAGCGGAGGGGGCGCCUAAGUUCUGACAAUAUGAGUAAAAAGAAGUCCGGUUUCAGCAAAAGCGACCUUAUUUUUAAGUUCCUGAAUAUGGCGUCGGUGUUCAUGCGGAUUUUUAACCUGAUUUGCAUGAUGCUCCUAAUCGGUCACUGGAGUGGCUGCCUACAAUUCCUGGUCCCAAUGCUCCAAGGGUUUCCUAGUAACUCAUGGGUCGCCAUCAAUGAAUUACAAGACUCAUUUUGGCUGGAACAAUACUCAUGGGCCCUUUUCAAAGCCAUGUCGCACAUGCUCUGCAUAGGAUACGGAAGGUUUCCACCGCAAUCCUUGACCGACAUGUGGCUCACUAUGCUCAGUAUGAUCAGCGGUGCUACCUGUUAUGCACUUUUCCUUGGACACGCGACGAAUCUCAUUCAAUCGCUCGAUUCCUCCAGGAGACAAUACCGCGAGAAGGUGAAACAAGUAGAGGAAUACAUGGCCUAUCGAAAGUUACCACGAGAAAUGAGACAGAGGAUCACGGAAUAUUUCGAGCAUCGCUACCAGGGCAAAUUCUUCGACGAGGAACUGAUCCUCGGAGAGCUGUCGGAGAAAUUAAGAGAAGACGUGAUCAACUACAACUGCAGAUCGUUAGUCGCGUCCGUGCCAUUCUUUGCCAACGCCGAUUCCAACUUUGUCUCGGAUGUCGUUACCAAACUGAGAUACGAAGUCUUCCAGCCGGGUGAUAUCAUCAUCAAGGAAGGUACGAUCGGCUCUAAAAUGUACUUCAUACAAGAAGGCAUAGUCGAUAUCGUGAUGGCGAACGGCGAGGUCGCGACUUCGCUGUCAGAUGGCUCGUACUUUGGCGAGAUCUGUCUACUGACGAACGCGAGGAGGGUAGCCUCGGUCCGUGCCGAGACCUACUGUAAUCUCUUCAGCCUCUCGGUGGAUCAUUUCAACGCCGUGCUGGACCAGUAUCCAUUAAUGCGCAGAACGAUGGAAAGCGUUGCCGCCGAGAGGUUGAACAAAAUCGGCAAGAAUCCGAAUCUGGUAGCACACCGCGAGGAGGAUCUUGGAAGCGAGUCGAAGACGAUAAAUGCCGUGGUGAACGCGCUCGCUGAGCAAGCUGCGCAUGCUAGCGCCAGUGAAGAAUCGGUACACAGCAUGGAGCUGAGGACUCUUCCCGCUUGUCUGUUGCCCAGACCAAAGUCUGAGAAUAAUUUCGCGAGUCAGGAGCUCUCCCGAGAGGGACGACGGAUCUUCCACAAGAGCGACACUUUCCACAAGGAUUCGUAUCAAUGACGACACUCGUUAUACUAGCAUACAGAGAGAUACUAACGGCUCCAUGAGCGACAGUGGCGUACACUGUCGAUCGGAUCCUUGGCAGCCGUUUUAAGCCUAGAUCCUGGACGCUACACUAGAAGCAAUCUAUACAUAGAUAUACGCUAUGCCAGUAGUCUUCUAGCGAUCGGUUUCUAGCGCCUUCUUAUAUUAACCUGACGGUACGUUCCAGUCCAGGAUCUAUGCGUAAAAUCGUGCGGACCAAGAGAAUGCCGACGUUCUCCAGCGAUGGUACAGCACAACACACAAAAUAAAACCAUCGUUUAGACGUAACGCUUAACGCGAAACGUUAAAUCUCAACAGCAAUAAACGAAGCAACCGAUAAAAAGAAGAAGAACAGAGAACAUUACUGUGAAGGGUUAGCUACGAUCGUUGUCCUUCGUUGUCACGAAACGAUCGCUCGAAGAUAGAGAAACGAUCGAGAAAUAUUUUCAACGGAGGAUCUUGUGCUUGACGAAGGAGGAAGAAGAGGAUCGAUAAAAAGAUAGACGACUGUGCCAUCGAUCGGAGAACACGGAGCCGUUAAUUCCUGCCGCGAGUCUUCUUCAUCGACGCAGGCGUCGCAACCAAAAAGCGAACAGAAACUGAUGCGACGACUGGAUGAAGACCUCAACGACGACGAAGAGCAGGCCUAGAAAUUUAUAGAGCGUAUGUAGAGCCCAUCGUGGACUAGGUAGAAAAAUCCUAAACGACAGUGUUAAACGAUGCGUAAAUUUCUCUGUGAUUUUGCAAAAGCCGUACGUUUCGCACUUUUAGAGAAAAAAUGAUGAAACACGGGGGCGAGGGGGGGUAUGAAAACAAGAAAGAGGAUAACAUAUACACGAACGAUUAAGAUUCUGUUUUUGGUUCUUUUCUAAGACAACUAACUAACGUAUUGAAGAGGACGGGAGAGAAACUCGUGAAACGAGGGAUAUUCCAAUUAUAAGUUUGUUAACGUGUUUUAACUUUAGCUUCGUAUCGUUGGAUAGUCCCGUGCGAGUGACCGAACGAAUAGUAAGAUUAAGAGAAGAAGGAAGGAGCAGCGUAUGAUAUAAGAGCUGGCAAUCGAAAGGGAAUUUGAACGAAGAUAAAGGAGAAGGAAGAUCGAAGAGGAUGUCCCAUUUAUCGCGGCUAAUCUGUCCUAAUUUUUGAGAUCGAAGGAGCACGCCUGCGAUUCAGAACUCGCUUCUAUGCUAUUUUAUUUUCGAAAUGGAAAAUCUUAAUAAUAAAUAGAAAAUACGUCUCGAAUGAAUUCGGGGCAGUGAACAAAUUGCCGAUAUCGAAUCAGAAUCAACAGAUCUAUUCAAUAAAAAAUCGGGGUUUCGGAAGACCGUGCUGAGACGCGAACAGAAGGGAAAGGAUCCAGCGCCACGGGAAUCGAGAUGGAUGAAUGUGUGAGAAUUUUUCAGGGUUACAAUUUUGAGGACAAACGGGGUAUCGAGUGAAGAAAUUUAAGUCGUUCUACAAAAGAGAGAAAAUUAAUAUUAUAAAACAAAUCUAAAUCGAAGGCCCAAAGAUCGUGUUAACUUGUUGAGUGUUCUUUGGGCUGCCACGGCUAAUAUAAAAAAAUGUAACACAAACGUCAAUGAAUGAGAGAUAAAAUUAAGUAAGUGGAACGCGAGAGAGAGCGAACGAGAGAGCGAGAGAUAAGUAUCUUUUUAUUCGGGUGAAAGACACGCGAUGUAUUAUAAGAAGCGAACAAAACAAAACAAAAGAAACAAACAAAAUAGAAGAAAGAAAGGAAGGUAUAAAUAUUAUGUAAUAAAUUAUUAUUAUUGUUACCGGUUAUCAUUGCAAUGAUUAUUACAUCCACUACCGCAUAAAUGAAAAUAAAAAAACACUAAGCAGAAUAAAUGACAAAAAAAUAAACUAAGAAGUAAAAAUGAGAAAACAGAUUACACACAUAUUAUAUAUAUAUAUACAUACAUACAUAUAUACAUAUACAUAAAUAUACAUAUAAAGUAUGCAUAGUGGUCAAUACAGUGCUGCAAGAUAUUAACGAUGUAACGUUUUAAACUGUAAAUCGCGAGGAAGAAUGACACACCGACAGACACCGAAUAUACAUUUACGGACAGUCUCGGACACAAUGACGAUCCUUGAGAAUAAAAUAAUGUUGCUUUUCUGAUAUUGAUUUUACGAUUCGACAGAACAUUUUCCAAACGAUAAGGGAAAAGCAGAAUAUAAAAUAGAAUUAAGAAUUUAAUACACGAUCGAAUUGUAUUAUUUUUGUAGCUGUUGGCGCGUACGUUUUUCGUUGGCGCGGUGUUAUUCUUUGCGUAUUUGAAAGUUUAACGCGACUGUUGGAUUUGUCUGAUAUUAGCGUUAUUCGUAGCGGAGAAGAGAACCCUCGAUUCUGAGAGAAUAUUUUCCGGGUCAGUGGCUUCUGAACUUGGAUUUUAUUAUCGGCACAUCUCUCUUUUAAUUCUUGAAAUGUAUAAAACACGCCAGUUCUCGAUUCUAACUCUACAUCGUAAAUUGUGAAAUGAUGUUACAGUUUGUGACGUGUUUCGUUUCCAAAUUUUAUUCAAUGGAUUUCUGUCAUUUGAUUAUUACAUUAAAGAAGAAACAAAGUAAAAGUGAGAUUACAGCAAUAAAAGAGACGCAGGAACCACUGUACCACAUGUUAGCUCAACUGAACGUAGAAUCGCAUCUGUUCGCAAAUGAUACUCUUCUUUAAACAAUUAAACGAACGCUCCAAGAGUCUAAUUUACAAAAUAGCAACGUUACUUGUUAUUUUGAAGUAUUAUAUAUAAAUAAUAUGUAUACACACGCUGGAUCACAUAUUGACGUAUACAAUUAUUACACCGACGAACACACACACACACACAACGGCGAAUGAAAAAGAAAAAACGAAACGUGCCAUUCGUUUCCUAGUUGAAUGUGUACACCUUCGUGCAUAUGUGAUUGGAUAUGCAUACAUGUACAUAUAUACAUAUAUAAAUAUAUAAAUAUCCACGUAAGAGUGUAGGACUAUUAUAUACAUGCGUUUCAUACAUAAUACAUAUACAUAUGUAAACAUAUACACCUACACACGUAUGAGGAAAACAGAAGUACCUAUUUUUCAUGUAAGAGAGAGAUAGUUUUCUGUCAUUAUUUUACAUCCCCUCACGUCAUCCUGAAUAAUAUUAUAUUAUAUAUAUAUAUAUAUAACGAUAAAAAAGAAUAACUAACUACGAUAAUGAUUAUUAUUAUUAUAUAUAAAUAUUGUAAUAGCGAUGAAAGAGAACGGUUUGCGUACCGUGGGUCGAAAAAAAGCAUCCCAAAAAAUGGUAGAAUACUCGUAGACCGCAUGACCGACGUUUUUAUAGAAAUCAACUCUAUGCACACAAAAACCGGUCUAGGACUAAUCUGCCAGCAUGGUUCGGGCCUAAGGUGUACGCGUAACUAAUUAUACAAACAAAAAUGAAAGAGAGAAAUUAAAGAGAGAAUGAGUGUGAGAGAGUGCGAAAGAAUAGAAUUAUUGUUACUAAUUGAAAAAAUAGGCGAGCGAGAACGAAGUAGAAGAUGAACGAUUUAUUAUUAUUACGAUUAUUAUUAUGAUUACGAUUACGAUUAUUAUUACGGUUAUUAUCACGAUUAUAAUUAUUCUUGUUAUUAUCAUUCGUAGAACGAAAACGUGGCAGAGAAGGAACGGAAGGAAAGAAGUUGUAUUCUUUGCUAUCCCUGCUGAAAAAAAGCAAAAAAAUCGAUAGAUAACUAUUUAUCCGCUGUCUGCUAAUGAAACGAUCAGAGCGCGACGGAAAAGAGGGGGAAAAAAGAGAGAAAUAUUAUUAUACCGUGUAAAAAGGCAUAAAAUAAGAUAAGAUAUGUUAUGUGUUGUAAAAAUCGCUCUAUGUACAACGUGUACAUACAGACAGCCGCGAAAAGAGCAUAAACUUUCAAAAAAAGAAAAAGACAAAGGCGAAUGUUAUACGAAGAAAUAUUAAAACGAACAGAAAAGCAGGCGAAGAAGGAUAACAAAAAUAUAAUAUUAGGAUUAAAUAUCGAGCAAAUGCGAACAAACACAGUGUUAAAAAAAAAAAAAAAAAACAAAUAAAUAACUCGUGCGGCUAUUCGAGAUGCACGUUAUUUGCUAAGCGACAAGAGUGAGACAUGUAAUUAAGCGAAUUAACAAAACAACAAAAGCAAACAGAAAAAAAAUAAAAAAAAGUAACAUACAAAAAGGCAAAGUUAGUUUUUGUAUCGAUAUCGAGAGAAUAGGUUUCGCAAGGUAGCAGAGAAACGGAAGACGAUCAGGGGCCCGGAAAUCGGAAAUGAUAACAUAAAAUCCGCGCGUGUAACACGGUUUACAUGGCGAAAUCGAAGAAACGACAGAUGGAGUUCGAUUUAAAAGAAAAGAGGACAAAGAAAAAGAAAUAAAGGAGAGUCAUCGAAGAACUUUCAGUUUUCUCGUCAGAUCGAUGAUGAAUGAUGAAUUGCGAGAUCGUCGUUCGCGGUUGAGAAACGAUACGGAAUAAUAAUACACGAUGCCAGAACUGUCCUAGAGCCAGAGUAUAAAAAAGUAUACAACAUAAAAAGACUGUAGCGCCAUGAAAUAUGUGUAUCUCGGAUCUUAACAUAUCAGACGUCUCGUUUCGAGCGACUACGAGAUCGUUCGCGGCGAGAUUUUUCGCUGGACAGCUUGCUGAUUAUCCGCGUUUCCAAGUGAAGCACACUUUGGACGAGUCUGGUGAUGGGCUAAGAAUCUUUUUCAAACGUGUUUGAAACUGUUAAUUAACGUAUGAAUGUUAUAAUAACGCGAAUGCGGUGAUCCAUUGUGCAAGGGUAAUGGAAAAGUAUUCAACAGAAUUUUCUUAUAUGAGAUUUUGUUUUUUCUAAAAGAUUGUUUUAAAUUUGAUCGAUGAAUUAUUAUAGAUUUUUUCCGUCAAUAUUUUAUGCAGUAAUUUGUCAAGAAUCGAGCAAUGGGAUGAAAACUGAAAUGCGUUAACAAUGUAAGUUAUAUCGUUUUGACAUGUUGCAGAAAAAAUUACAAAAUCGCUUUGUCAAGUUUGUCAAGUUACAAACAAUGCACUAGAUGUACUAGAGUAAUAGAUAGAAUAAUCAGAGAUACAACAAAUAUUUUCCUCACUUGACAAAAAAUCAUAGUACUAUAAAUAGCUCAAUCUCCUGAAAUUUCAUAAAGUUGUAGGAUCUAAAUGGGAAAAACAAUAUCGACAAAAAUAUUAAACAAAUCCUUAGAGCUGUUCUUCAUAACCACAAGUUCGAUAAUAUAAAUUAGAGUAUUGCAAAUGAAAUAUUGUGUUAACAUAACGUUGAUCUUUAAUGAAUUAACAUAAAACUUAUAAACAAAUCUUUUUUAUUUUUUAUUUUUGAAUUGUUAUUCUUAAGGAAAAUGUAUUCCUAAAAUUUAUUUAAAUAUUGUGAAUCGGAUAAAAAACGAAGUCUUGUAUAAAAAAAAAGCAUAUUUAACGUUUUCCAAUUAUUUUUGCACAAAAACUUAUCAUGUUAAAAAUAUCUAACGAUCCAUGAAGUCUUGAAACGUAAAGAUCUUUCACAUAGAAGCUUCACCAAUGUAUAAGAGACAUUACUAUAACUUUUUACUCGCAUAGGAAUUACCAUAGACGUUUCUAUCACUUCUAAAACUCUCAAACAAUUGUCAAAGAUCUUUACUCUUCAAGACUUUCUAACUCCAAUCUUAUACCUCGAAACGCAAGAUUUAAAACGAAAUCUCAAUCUUCUUAACGCAUAAAAUAUUCAAUUAUUAAUAUAGUUUUAAAUUUGCUAAAAUAUCUAUCCACUCGAAAUGUUAGAUCUGUGGAAGUCUAAAUUUCCAAAAUUUCACAGAAGCCUACAGAGACCUGAUGCGAAGAACGAACGACCCAUCACCAGACGUUUCAAAGCUUCCUAUCCUCAAGACCAGCCUACCUUCCAAAUCUCGCAAUUCACCUUACUAUUGUUCUCGAAAAAACAAAAAGAAAAACGAAAAAAAAAAAGGAAGAAAUUCCGUUUUCGACGUCAUUGGCUUGAGAGUUCAACGAGCCUACCGAGAGCCAUCGAAUCGAGAGAGCGUAGUCGAACUGAACCGUAGCGAUGACACAGUGUAGACAGAUACACACACCUAGCUAAAACUAAAACACUUCCGUUUCCGGUUUCAAGGAUCGAACGCAAUUAUUUAAGGAAAAGAAACAAACAAAAAAAAUUACAAAGAAAAAAGAUAAAAAAAUUAUAACGAUCGAUAAUGAAACAUGCGACUGUCCAAUGUCAAGUAGAAUGCUAAGCUUCGUUAGACAGUACACUGGCAAGCGUUUCUCGGUGAUCUCUACAAGGUGACACGCAAGACUGGCUCUUUAAAUUGCUGGUGUCUCGGAGAUUCCGUAUAGGUAGAUGUUCAUAUUCAAUGAUUUUGUUUAAGUAAUCACAUGUUAUAUACACACGCGCAUAUGUGAUUGAAACAACGAAGUCGAAGAUAUUAAAGUUCGUAAUCGCAGAUCAAUCGACAUGUCGAUCGCCUUGUAGAUCUCGUUAGGGAUGACUCUGAUAGAUUAGCCACUGUGUCUUAUCAUGUUCCUCUUUUUCUCGAUCUUUUCACUUGUUUAGAAAGUUUAUACCCUUUUAUGGUGUAAUAAAACGAUAAAUAUUGAAGAAACGAUUUAAUCAUUUCAUAUGGAAUAAUAAAUAAUAGUAAGGAUUUAUAGUACACAGAAAUUUGUUAGAAGAAAGAAGAUAAAUAGAAGAUAAAUAUGAAUGCAGCAAUUUUCGAAGUGGAAUUUAUACAAUUGAAUUUGGAUCAAGAAAUAUAAUAAACUUAAAUUUGUUUGAAGAAAGAGAAGAAGUAUAGAUUAAAUAAUUUUCAAAACAGAAUUUGUACAAUCGAAUUUUAAUUGCAUUCGUCAUAUAGUAAUGGUUGUUAAAUAUAUCAACUUAAUUUCAGUUUACAGCAGUAAUGAAAGUUUAAUAAUUAAUGUCGUGAAAAAUAUUGACAUAUUUUUAUAAACGAAACGACAAAAUCUAUCAGUGCCCAAAGUUCCAAUUAAAUCGCCCGAUGCUUUUACACUUUCCUUGAUAACACUAUUUAUAACAGAAUUGUAUGCACAAGAAAGAUGAAGCAGUUUUAUUGUGUGUAAGAAAACUAAUUUUUAUCGAAGGCUUAUGUUCAAUGGUUUUAAUUGUACUAUCUCGAACACGAAAAUUAUAUUAAUUAGAAAAAAUUAACAAUUCCGUAAUUCCAGUUAAAAAUAGAUAUUUCUUGCUUCUUCAUUUUAUGCAUCGUGUAUUGUAAUAAGUUUCGGUGGUGACAGAAAAAAUUAUAACAAUCCAACAGUCUUCGUAGAAAUUAUCUCGAAACAUGUGGUUUUCUUAAUCUCGAAGCAAUUAAAGAUUAAAAAAUGGUUCCUUUUCCACAUUCCGAAUUACAGUAGAUUUCUAACAUUGCAGCUUUCAAGACAUUUAAUUAUCAAAUAUGCCGGAUCAUUGACUUAUGUCUAGAUAAUGUAAGAAAUAUGAUAAAAAUAAUUUGAACAAGAGAAAAUGAAAAAGUUUCAAUUCUUUACAAUAAUCUUUAUCUGUCUUAAAAUAUGCUAAUGGAUUAGUUCCGACAAAAAAAAUAACAUAAAUUGGUCUAGGAUUAAUAGUAAUUACUUUAAUACACCUACGUUUAUAUAAUACGAUGAAAACGAAAAAAAAUGAUGUCUAAAAGAGCUAUAAAAAAAUUUGCAAUAUAGAUAAUAGAAAUGUUAAUCUUUCUGCAGUAAUCUUUGUCUUAUCUUUUUGAGAAAUAUGUUAAUAAAUUAGUAAGAUUUUUCCUACGAAGAUAGGGCCAAAACCCAAUAAUAAAAAUCUUAACAGCGAUUAAUUGAAAAAAUCUUGAAUAAUUAUAACACCCUUACUCGAUCGAAUGUUAAACAAUCAUGAGCAUCAAACCAACAUUAAAAUUCCACUAUAUUUAUAUUUAUCAUAUCAGAUGCAAAAAUUUUAGCCAUGUACAUACAUAUAAUAAAAUUCUAAUAUUUGUUUAUCCCCUCUCCAAUUAUUUAUUUACGACUAAUACGUAUCAAGUCAGGAAAUUUGUCCAAUCUUCGUAUUACACCAUGAAAAGGUCUAAUUCAUAGAAAUUCUGAUAGGAAUUGAUUUGAACGUAGCGAUCAUCGUUAAAUCGAUCCAGUGGUGUGCCACCGUGUAGAAAUCAUUCUAGUCGCUCGAGAAACCUGCGUAUAGUAGCGCCUUGUAAAGAAACAAACAAACAGAUAUAUAAACAGUAAAAAAAAGAAUAAAAAAGAACACGAGAGGAAGAAUGGAUGCGCGACGAGCGACUGAGAACGAACGAAAGAGGAUCGUGCAUGUGAGCGAGAUUGAGAAAAUGCGAGAGCGAGAGAGAAACAAAUAUAAAACAUUACCCUAGCGUCAAUUUUCUACGAAAAGAGUUUUCUACAAAAUUCACACCAUAAGCGUGCAUCUGGUCGCAUCGCGCUUAUCGUAUGAAUCUAUGUAUGUAUGCUACACGCAAGCGCUGGUACGAAUCUCUUGACGUUUUUCUAAUUAGAACAUCGUUCGCUAAGUUUGUUACACAAAGAAAAAGAAAAAUAAAUAAAUAACGUUUUCGCGGAAUGAUCGAUCGUGAACAUCGAUAUCGGUUUGUUCGAUGUAAAAACCGACGAGAACGUGAAACUAAGAGAGAAAGAGAGAGAAGAGAUGAGAGGAAGCGAGCGAAAGAGCGAGAGAGAGAGAGAGAAAGAGUGCAGCCCCAUAAAAAAAAAGCAAGCAUAGUAGCGGAUAUAAAAAUUAAGAGCUCAUAUAGGUGCUUGUUCGAGACGCACUAAAUAAUUGUAAAAGCGAAUAAUAUGGAAUCAGAUAAAAAAAAGAAAAAAAAUGAAGAUGAAGCAAUUACGAACUAUCGUUCAAUUAUUGAGUUCCGUAUCGGUGUUUAACUUUUCGCACUCGACCAUCUUCAUUCGUAUCCUUCAUCCUCUGAAUUUUCACUUUACAAACGAACACAGGAAAUCUUUAAGUAGCGAUUAAUAAUUACUUCUCUAUGUACGAACGUUCGAAAUCGAGUUUCCACUAAUAGAAGAUAUGAAAUUACCUAAUAUAUGAAUAUUUGAAUCGAGUGCGCAAAGAAUUAAAAACCGAUCGAGAUAUUCCUAUCGCUCCGGGAAGGAUAUAGAAUUCUAAUCGUUUGAAAAUGAGAAGUAGAGUGAUUAUUAUAAAAACGUGUUCGAGCAAAAGCGACGUUUGCGAUUAAUAAGAGUUAAUAUGUAUAUUUUCGUUCCAUUGUAAUUCCGUCGUCCGAUGAAGUUCAAUGGUGUAGUAUCGUUGUAGAUAAAUUAAUGCCAAAAAUGAAUUUUUGCGACUUGAUCUGGAUUAUAUGUUCUAGACCUGUCGAUUUCAGUUCCGUCAAGCCUCGUUUAGAUUAGACAAAUGAACUAUAUUCGAGUAAUUUCUGAUCCCUUUACCACUAAGAAAUAUCCUUUUAUCGCGUUGACUGCCACAAUAAUUACAAUUAUCUGGUUUCUUGUGGUCGGAACUGCCUUAUUUUUCAAUAGGAUGGCGACAAGCUAUAUAAUUAUAUGUUUAAGCGUUAAUGAAUGAAUUUUUUCCUUAACAAACAUAUUUUUUCACUGUUCUUUGCUGAGAAGCGCCAUAUGAUUCACACGGCCCAUAUAGCUGGAAUUUUUCACAGCGAGCAACGUGUUAAGUUUCUAUAUUUGUUCUCAUUAGUCAAAUCAUUGUUAACGUGAACUUAUUGUUUUAUUUGAAUUUAAAUAUUCUUUUAAGUUUCUACGUUUGUUCUCAGUAACUAACGAUAAUACACUUCGCUCUUAUUUGGUUACGUUCAAGUAGCUUUACAGUAGUUACUCCACUAAUAUUGAUUUAUCUGUUACUUUAAUUAAUUUGAAAUAUCCUUUGAGGUGUUUUCGUAAACUUAAGAUCAAAGAGGAUCUCUCAACCAUCCCUUGAUUUGAAACAAAUAACAGUGAUUAAGAUGUUGGUUCCUCAAACUAAGUCGAUUUUAGUAUGUCAUAUUAGGUAUCUAGUUGAAGUCAGGUUCCUUGAACUCAAAAGAUUUCUAAUUAAGUAACUUGACUUAUAAUCGUGACAAAUAUGUGUCACGUUAUUUGAGUUCAAGCAGUCUGAUUAAUCUGAACGAGACUUUAGAAACAGGUUGCCUGAUCGGUAUUUGCUGUAUAUAAUAACUCUCUAGUCGCAAGAUAUCAAUUUUCUUUGGUUUUGCAACCUUAGAAAUAGUGAGGAAAAAGAUAUUAAGCAAAUGUCUGGAAUUCUCUUUUAAAAUCACGACGUUGAACAAAUUUUAAUAACAGGAAUACUCUGAUAAAGAAUCGCAAGUGAAAUGUAACUUGUUGAUAAGGUAACGUUGGUCCUGGUAAUAGGUGAACUUUAAACAAAAGAUCAUAGCUGAUGAGGAAAAUCGAUGGACUUUUACUCUAGAAAAUAUUUAUAGAGUUCCAUUGUAAAUUAACCAGUUAAUCCAACCUUUAGCGAGUUAUUGCAAAACGAUCGAAAAGUAAUAACUGGAGAGUUCUCAUAGAGAAACCUCAGUUCGAUUCUCAAAAUUCCGUUCGAACCGCUACACCAUUGUUCGCAACAGUGAUCCAACCACCUCCCCAUGGAACGAAUAUAAUUGUGUUUUGCGAUUACGAUGAAAUAAAAAAAAAAAGAAUAAAAGAUAUACGUGUAUUCACGUACAUGUAUAUGCGCGCGUGCGUACGACAAAGAUGAAUUUCGUUUAGGCCAGCUCGUGGCUCGAGCAAGUAAAAAUAUGUUUAAAACUGACGGAACGAAGAAGGGGUUUAACGGAACUAGACAGGGUUAGGGUUUUGAUCGAAAUAAUCCUACCAUCCGCAAUUUGAUGUUUACACAUACACACGUACACUGAUGAAAGUUUUCGUGUUCGUUAUAUCGGUGUAAACGAAUGGAAAGAGACAGAAAAGGGAAAAAAGCGUGAGAAGGUGGACGAUUUUCGUCACGACCACAUCAAUCAUAAUUAGAAAACGUUUGGUCGAGAAAUAAGAUGAAUUAAGAAAUAAUACUAAUAAUACGUAUGAAGAGACUCUAUCGCGAAGGAAUAGGUACAUCGUACUUCUUGAGACAUAUACACGUAUACUUCUUCUUGUUUCCGGUUCUCUAGCCUGCGAUUAAAUAUAUUUUAUUAAAGAAUAACUAAGAGAUAAAAACGUUACAGAUAAUCGAAUAACGAGCAUAAAGUGUAAUGAUGCAUGCAAAAUAGAG